CACCGAGAGCACCCCAUGACACCCCAAAACGCCCUCAGGGAUCACCAGGACCCCUCCAAUACCCCCCAGGUGCUGUUCAUCGACGAGGUUCACAUGUUGGACAUUGAGAGCUUCUCGUUCCUCAACCGCGCCCUGGAGAGCGACAUGGCCCCCGUGCUGAUCAUGGCCACGAACCGGGGCAUCACCAGGAUCCGAGGCACUUCCCACCGCAGCCCCCACGGGCUCCCGCUGGAUCUGCUGGACCGGCUGCUGAUCAUCGCCACGGCCCCGUACGGCGACAAGGAGACACGGCAGAUCCUCAAAAUCCGGUGUGAGGAGGAGGACGUGGAGAUGACGGAGGACGCGUACGCGGUGCUGACCCGCAUCGGGCUGGAGACGUCGCUGCGCUACGCCAUCCAGCUCAUCACCGCCGCCAGCCUGGUGGCCAGGAAACGCAAGGGCGCGGAGGUGGGGGUGGAAGACAUCAAACGCGUGUAUUCGCUGUUCCUGGACGAGUCGCGCUCCACUCAGUACAUGAGGGAGUACCAGGAGGCCUUUCUGUUCAACGAGCUCCAGGGUGAAUCCAUGGAAACGCCGUGACCCCCUCCCCACUUUCCCUCCCCACCUUUGUACAAUAAAUGUGAUUUGGAGCCAAAAAUAUCCCAAAAACUCAAA